AUGUCCUCGACGGACGCGGAUCGCGUCGCCAGCGGCCCCCUCGCCGCGGGCUCGGUCCCCAAGGAGGUGACCUGGGACGGGCUGGACAAGCGCAAGUUCUUCGUCGUGGGAGCCGGGAUGUUCAGCUGCGUGACGUGCAUGCUGUACCCGCUCACGGUGAUCAAGACGAGACAGAUGGUGGACGGCAGCGCGGUGGGGUCGAGGCCGCCGCCCGCGAUGAGCAUCGUUAAGGACAUAGUGAAGGAGAGGGGGAUCCCGGGGCUCUACCGCGGUUUCGGCACCAUCGUGGUCGGAACCCUCCCCAUCCGUUUCGUCUACCUCAGCACGCUCGAGGUCGUCAAGGCGCGCGCCAGGGUGGUGUGCGAGGCGCUCGACCUACCCCCGAUGGCCCACGGCAUCGCGGACGCCGCCGGUGGAGCCACCGCGAGCAUGUGCUCGCAGGUGCUCGGCGUGCCCGUGGACAUCAUAUCGCAGAGACAGAUGGUGCAGGGGGUGGCGGUGAGAGCCGCGUCGGGGGAGGGAACCGUGCGUUUAAGGGGCUACCGCAACGGCGUUCACGCCCUGAGGGAGAUCAUCGCGGCGGAAGGGGUCCGGGGGCUCUAUCGGGGUUUCGGAGCCAGCAUCGCCACCCUGGUGCCGGGCAGCGCCAUCUGGUGGGGUUUCUACGGCACGUACCAGCGGGUGUUUUGGCAACUCGUCCCCGCCGAGCUCGGGGGCGCGCGGGUGCGAGACGAGGGUUUAAACUUGGCAACUGCAAGUAAGAAAGGGCCGGCGUUGGAUAAGGAGGAUCCGUCGAUGGAGUUCAAGGCGGCGGUGGCGAGGGGGAUGGCCGCGUCGAGCGCGAGGAGCGAGACCGGGGUGCCGGCGGAGCCCGGCGAGGGCACCGUGAUCGGCGUGCAGGUGGCGUCGGGCGUGUGCGCGGGCGCGACGUCCGGAUUCUUGACCACGCCGCUCGACAUCGUCAAGACGCGGCUGCAGGUGCUGUCCGGUCCGCAGGGCGCGGCGUCCGCGGGGGGCGGCGGCGGGGCGGUUCGGCACACGUUCUGGAGCACGGCGGCUGAGUUGUACCGCGAGCACGGCGCGUUGGGUUUCUUCCGGGGGGUCCGGCCGAGGAUGACGUCGGUGUCCAUCUGGGGUACCACCAUGGUGACGACGUACGAGUUCCUCAAGCGGACGUCCAAGAUUGAUGACGCGGAGCCGUGA